AUGGUCAAAAUCACUGGCUUCACCACACGGGAUGUGCGGUUUCCCACUGGCUCUGAUGCUAUGAACGCUGCAGGCGAUUACUCCGCUGCAUACUGCAUUAUUAACACCGACUCUGAGUUCAAUGGACACGGCAUGACAUUUACUAUCGGCCGCGGUAACGAUAUUGUCUGCUCUGCUAUCUCCCUCGUCACACCUCUUGUGGUGGGCAAAGAUCUUGACGAGCUCACUGCCGACUGGGGCAAGACCUGGCGCUACCUCGUCUCUGACAGCCAGCUCCGCUGGAUCGGCCCCGAAAAAGGUGUGAUUCACUUGGCUCUGGGCGCCGUUGUCAACGCUCUCUGGGAUCUCUGGGCUAAGACCCUGGGCAAGCCCGUCUGGCGUAUCGUCGCUGAUAUGACCCCCGAGGAAUUUGUGCGCUGCAUUGACUUCCGUUAUAUCACUGAUGCCAUUACUCCCGAAGAGGCAUUGGAUCUUCUUAAAAAGGUUGAGGGUGGCAAGCAAGAUCGUAUUCGCGAGGCUGAGGCUAGCAAGGCGGUGCCCGCUUACACUACGAGUGCUGGUUGGUUGGGAUACCCUGAGGAUAAGCUGAAGAGACUCCUCAAGGAGAGCGUGGAGGCCGGAUACAAGCAUUUCAAGUUGAAAGUUGGUGGGAACUUGGAGGAUGACAAGAAGCGUCUGCGAAUCGCCCGUGACGCGAUUGGGUAUGAUAAGGGUAAUAUCCUGAUGGUGGAUGCCAACCAGAUCUGGUCUGUCCCUGAGGCAAUUGAGUGGAUGAACGAACUUGCCGAGUUCAAGCCCUGGUUUAUCGAAGAGCCAACCUCUCCUGACGAUAUUCUCGGACACGCCGCCAUCAAGAAGGCUCUGCAGAACACCCCUCAUGGCACCAUCGGUGUCGCUACUGGUGAGAUGUGCCAGAACCGUGUGAUCUUCAAGCAACUGCUUCAAGCCGGUGCCUUGACCGUGCUCCAGGCUGACGCGUGCCGUGUCGGCGGUGUGAACGAGGUUCUAGCCAUCUUGCUUCUUGCCGCCAAGUUCGGCGUGCCCGUGGUGCCUCACUCUGGUGGUGUUGGGCUCCCCGAGUAUACUCAGCACCUGAGUACCAUUGACUACGUGGUUGUCACUGGCAAGAAGAGUGUGCUGGAGUACGUCGACAGUCUCCAUGAGCACUUCCUCCACCCAUCCAGUGUCAAGGAUGGAUACUAUGUCACUCCAUUAGAAGCUGGGUAUAGUGUGGAGAUGAAGCCUGAGAGCCUCGACGCUUUCGCUUACCCCGGAGAAGAAGGCAAGAGUUGGUGGCGCUCAGACGCGGCGAAGACCAUCCUAGAGGGGCCCCGCGUUAUUUAA